AUCUAGGUUGCGGUAACAUGGCUAAACGCACCAAGAAGGUCGGAAUCGUGGGCAAAUACGGGACCCGUUAUGGUGCCUCCCUCAGGAAAAUGGUGAAGAAAAUUGAAAUCAGCCAGCACGCCAAGUAUACCUGCUCCUUCUGUGGCAAAACCAAGAUGAAGAGAAGAGCUGUGGGCAUUUGGCACUGUGGUUCCUGCAUGAAAACAGUAGCUGGUGGUGCCUGGACCUACAACACCACCUCUGCUGUCACAGUCAAGUCCGCCAUCAGAAGACUGAAGGAACUGAAGGACCAGUAGAGGCGCCACCAUUCAAUACCGUUGCUAGCCUAUAAUAAAUGGGUUAAUUUAUCUA